GUGAAACACGCGGUCGGAGGCAUGUUGUAGCGACUUCCGACAGCAAAUCAACACUAAAGAAAUAACGGAAGAGUUUUACGUUAAUAUUUAAAACAUAAUUUAAAAGACUUAAAGUCAGAAUGGAAGUGGUCGGAGGCGAGUUUUGUAACAUGUCCCAACAGGAACUGGCGGCUCCUGUCAACACUGUCGAGGAAAAAUGGAAACUGUUGCCUGCCUUCUUGAAGGUGAAAGGCUUAGUGAAGCAGCACAUUGACUCGUUCAACUAUUUCAUCAAUGUAGAGAUCAAGAAAAUAAUGAGCGCUAAUGAGAAGAUAACAAGUGAUGCGGACCCGAUGUGGUACAUCAAGUACCUCAAUAUCUACAUUGGCAUGCCUGAUGUGGAAGAGAGCUUCAAUGUCACCCGGCCGGUCUCCCCUCAUGAGUGUCGUCUCCGAGACAUGACCUACUCUGCACCCAUCACUGUGGACAUUGAGUACACACGCGGCAGUCAGAGAAUUAUCCGCAAUGCUCUGCCCAUUGGAAGGAUGCCCAUCAUGCUGCGAAGCUCCAACUGUGUCCUCACAGGAAAGACACCAUUGGAGUUCUCCAAACUGAACGAAUGCCCCCUCGAUCCGGGUGGGUAUUUCAUUGUAAAAGGUCAAGAGAAAGUCAUUCUGAUCCAGGAGCAGCUGUCCAAGAACAGGAUCAUUGUGGACCAGGACAGGAAAGGUGCGGUGGGAGCCUCAGUUACCAGCUCCACUCAUGAGAAGAAAAGCAGAACAAACAUGAUUGUGAAACAAGGACGAUUCUACCUGAAGCACAACACGCUGACAGAGGAUGCACCCAUCGCCAUUAUAUUCAAGGGAAUGGGUGUGGAGAGUGACCAGGAGAUCGUACAGAUGAUUGGCACAGAGGAGCAUGUCAUGGCCAGCUUCGCGCCGAGCCUGGAGGAAUGUCAAAAAGCUCAAAUAUUCACGCAGACCCAGGCUCUGCGGUACCUUGGGAAUAAAGUGCGCAGGCAGCGCAUGUGGGGAGGACCCAAGAAAACCAAAAUGGAGGAGGCCAGGGAACUGCUGGCUUCACUAAUUCUCACACAUGUGCCUGUGAAAGAGUUUAACUUCAGAGCCAAGUGUAUUUACCUGGCAGUGAUGGUGCGCAGGGUGAUCCUGGCUCAAGGGAACAACAAGGUGGACGACAGAGAUUACUACGGCAACAAACGUCUUGAGUUGGCUGGACAGCUUCUGUCCCUGCUGUUUGAAGAUUUGUUUAAAAAGUUCAACUCUGAACUGAAGAAGAUUGCCGACCAGAUCAUCCCCAAACAGAGGGCGGCACAGUUCGAUGUGGUCAAGCACAUGAGACAAGACCAGAUCACUAAUGGCAUGAUCAACGCUAUUUCCACUGGCAACUGGUCCCUGAAGAGAUUCAAGAUGGACCGUCAGGGGGUGACACAGGUGUUGUCUCGUCUUUCUUACAUUUCGGCUCUGGGCAUGAUGACCCGUAUCUCCUCCCAGUUCGAGAAGACCCGGAAGGUUAGCGGGCCGCGCUCCCUGCAGCCCUCGCAAUGGGGCAUGCUGUGCCCGUCCGACACACCCGAAGGCGAGGCCUGCGGGCUGGUGAAAAACUUGGCCCUGAUGACCCACAUCACCACUGACAUGGAAGACAGUCCCAUCAUCAAGCUGGCCUUCAACCUAGGUGUGGAGGACGUCAACUUGCUGUGCGGAGAGGAGCUUUCCUACCCCAGCGUCUUCCUCGUCUUCCUCAAUGGAAACAUUCUCGGCGUCAUUCGAGAUUAUCACAAGCUGGUCAGCACCUUCAGGCUGAUGCGCAGGGCGGGAUUCAUCAACGAGUUUGUGUCAAUCUCCACCAAUAUGGCCGACCGCUGUGUGUACAUCUCAUCGGAUGGAGGGCGCCUCUGCAGACCGUACAUCAUCGUGAAAAAGGGCCAGCCCAUGGUGAAAAACAAGCACAUUGAGGAUCUGUCGCAGGGCUACAGAUCCUUUGAGGACUUCCUGCAUGAAGGUCUGGUGGAGUACCUGGAUGUCAAUGAGGAGAAUGACUGUCAGAUCGCCCUUUACGAGCACAUGAUAAACAAAGAUACAACCCACUUGGAGAUCGAGCCCUUCACACUUCUGGGGGUGUGUGCCGGCCUCAUUCCCUACCCCCACCACAACCAGUCGCCCAGGAACACAUACCAGUGCGCUAUGGGCAAGCAGGCCAUGGGUACGAUUGGCUACAACCAGAGGAACCGCAUCGAUACGCUGAUGUACCUGCUGGCGUACCCUCAGAGGCCCAUGGUCAAAACCAAAACCAUUGAGCUGAUCGACUUCGAGAAGCUGCCAGCUGGUCAGAAUGCCACCGUGGCUGUGAUGAGCUACAGCGGCUACGACAUCGAGGACGCACUGGUCCUCAACAAAGCGUCACUCGACAGAGGCUUUGGUCGUUGUCUUGUGUACAAAAACGCCAAGUGCACGCUGCGGCGUUACACCAAUCAAACCUUCGACAAGGUCCUGGGCCCCAUGCUUGACGCUGCCACCAGAAAGCCCAUCUGGAGGCACAACAUCCUGGACGCUGACGGGAUCUGCUCUCCUGGUGAGCGAGUGGAGAACAAGCAGGUGCUUGUCAACAAAUCCAUGCCGACCGUCACUCAGACGCCACUGGAGGGCAGCACCCAGCCAGGCCAGCCUCAGUACAGAGAAGUGCCCAUCAGCUACAAGGGCUCAACGGACUCGUACAUUGAGAAGGUGAUGAUCUCGUCCAACGCGGAAGACGCCUUCCUCAUCAAGAUUCUGCUCAGGCAGACAAGGAGGCCCGAAAUCGGAGACAAGUUUAGCAGUAGGCAUGGACAGAAAGGUGUUUGUGGCCUCAUCGUCCCCCAAGAGGACAUGCCUUUCUGUGACACGGGCAUUUGUCCUGACAUCAUCAUGAACCCACACGGCUAUCCUUCCCGAAUGACGGUGGGGAAGCUUAUUGAACUGCUGGCCGGCAAGGCGGGAGUCCUAGACGGACGCUUCCACUACGGGACGGCCUUCGGGGGCAGCAAGGUGAAGGAUGUGUGCGAGGACCUGAUCCGCUAUGGAUAUAACUACCAAGGGAAGGACUAUGUCACCUCUGGCAUCACUGGGGAGCCUCUGGAGGCAUACAUCUACUUUGGACCUGUGUAUUACCAAAAGCUGAAGCACAUGGUCUUGGACAAGAUGCAUGCUCGAGCGCGUGGUCCCCGAGCCGUCCUAACCAGGCAACCGACGGAGGGCCGCUCCAGAGACGGAGGUCUGCGUCUGGGCGAGAUGGAGCGCGACUGUCUGAUCGGUUAUGGUGCCAGCAUGUUGCUGCUCGAGCGCCUCAUGAUCUCUAGCGAUGCCUUUGAGGUGGACGUGUGCGGACAGUGUGGUCUUCUGGGAUACUCCGGCUGGUGUCACUACUGCAAGUCGUCGUGUCACGUGUCAUCACUGCGCAUUCCCUACGCCUGCAAGCUGCUCUUCCAAGAGCUGCAGUCCAUGAACAUCAUCCCUCGACUCAAGCUGUCGCGCUACAACGAGUGAUGGCACCAAGGAAACAGGCAAAAGCCCAACAUUUCCUUUUCUCCCCUUUCUUUGUUCUUCCCCAUGUAUAAUAUUUCAGCAGUAUGCUCUAAGUUUGUGUAAAUAAUAAACACUUGACAUAGUUUCUCACACUCAA